AUGACAAAAUUAAAAUCAGAUAUAGAUCCGAAAUUGUCGGAUACUAUGAUACAACAAUUAGAACGCAGACAUAUUAGCACUAUUACUCAAUUUAUAGAUGAGGAUCCUGAAAAAUUAGCGAUCUUUACGGGACUGUUGCUGAAGGAUGUAUUGGAUGUUAAAAGAACAAUUUUGCAGAAAUAUGGAGGUUUUAUAAGAAAUGCCUGUGAUUUGCUUGAAAUAGAAUUGAACAAUAUAAUUCCAACUAAUUUAUUAAGUUUAGAUAAUUUAUUGAAAGGUGGAUUGUACCCAGGCCAAAUAUAUGAAGUAUGUGGUAUAUCAUCAAGUGGUAAAACACAGUUAUGUUUAACAAUCGCAAGUAAUAUUGCUCUUCGGUCUAAUAGUCUUGUACGAUAUAUUGAUACAAAAAAAGAUUUUUGUGGUUCAAGGAUAGAAGAAAUUUUAUUAAGAAAAAAUUGCAGUAAACAGGUUAUAGAUGAAGCUCUGGAUCACAUCAGAGUAUGUACUAUAAAAAACUUGCAUCAAUUAUUGAAGGUUUUACGUUGGUUAACAAUUGCCUUAAAAGGUGAAACAGAACAAUGUCGUACAAGAAUUAUAAUCAUUGAUUCAUUGCCAGCGAUAAUUUUCAUGUUGUCUAAUGAUCACAAACUAACAAUUCAACUAAAUCAUCUAGCAAAUAUGUGUCAUUUUAUUGCCAAUGAAUUUCAUUUAUCAAUUAUCACAGUCAAUUUGGUUACUCAAUGGAGUUUUUCUGGUGAAACAAAAGCAGCUAGCACAAGUACAAGUGAAAAUCAUAUUGGAGUAGUCUCAACAUUGGGAAGAUAUUGGGAAGGUGUUCCUAAUACAAGAUUACUAAUAAAAAAAUUAGAACAUGGAAAUAGGAAGAUUUCCGUAUUGAAAAGCUUUCAAUUAGAAACAAAUAUUACACGCACUUUCAGUAUAAGUAGUGGUGGUGUAUCAUGUUCUUAAUGUUGUGUAAUUAUAUGUUUACUGUUAUCUGAUUUUCCAAACAUCUCUUACGUAAUUAGUAACCGACGAUAUGAAUAUGUUUAUAAAAGUGUACGCAGUUUACACACUAAUAUAGAUAAGUUUAUGCAAUAAAAAUAGAUUUAAGUUUGAA